AGUACAUAUUAUCACGUAUAGCCAUUGCUGAUCACUUUAUAUGUUUUCAAUACGUCAAAGUUCAUUCUAAUUUGAGACUAAGUAAUUGUGUAAUAUACGAACGGUUUAUUCAAUCUAGAGUGCGGUGGCGAGUUGACGAUCCUCGCUUGUUUAAACAAUUCGACAUCACUCGGUUCCAUCAAGUAAUUUCCAGGAUGACACUUGUUCGGCUCUCGUUGAUCCUAAGACAAUUUUGAUGCUGUUAAAAUCAUGUUCAUGACCAGUGGAAACAAUUAACGUUGUACAGAUGACAUCAGAUGGACGGGAACCUGUUAUUGUGCCCAGUAACAGUCACAGGAAUGGCCAAAUGACUAGAUAUACAAAUGCGGAUUUCGCUGAUGAUGACAGUGUCAACAGUGUUCAACUAAACGAAGGAAUAAGUAGCAGUACCACUCAUAUAAGGUACCACGCUGGUACGACAGUUUGGAAGAUGCGCUCACCGUUAGAAAAAGUCCUUCUGCUUCUAGUAGGAGUAUUGCUGUUCGUCAUAUUCAUUUUAGCCAUUAUCCUCCACAUAACAGAACACAGGCUCAGAGAUACUAAGUUCAUGAUUCCAUUCGAAAGCAACCAUCAAGGUCCGUGCCUAAAUAGCACUUGCGUGCAUAUAGCCAACAAUAUUCUCGAAGCCAUGGACGUCACUGCUGAUCCUUGCGAAGACUUUUACGCAUAUUCUUGCAACGGCUGGGUCAAAGCCAACCCCAUUCCAGAUGCCAAGACCACAUGGGGCACCUUCAUGAAACUGGAACAGCAGAAUCAGCUCGUUGUCAAACGGGUGCUAGAGCAACCUAUCGAGACAUUGAAGUCCAAGGCUGAACAGAAAGCUAAAAUGUAUUACGAAUCGUGCUUGGAUGUGAAUGAUACAGUUGAAACCUUAGGAGCCCAACCCAUGUUGGAUCUUUUGAUAAAGCUAGGAGGAUGGAACAUCACUGAUAGCGGCUUCAAUAUCACCACCUGGACAUUGCAGAAUAUCACCCAGACCAUACAGAACAAGUUCAACAUAGGUGGUCUCUUCUCUUAUGCUGUUGGUGAGGACGACAGAAAUUCCACCAGACAUGUCCUGCAGAUAGACCAAAGCGGUUUGACCUUACCAACCAGGGACAAUUACUUGAACAAGACCAAGGAGCACGUGAAGGUUCUAGAAGCUUAUAAGGAAUACAUGACCAAGGUUGGAAUUCUUUUGGGAGGUGAACCUAACUCGACGAGAAAACAUAUGGAAGACAUAGUCGAGUUUGAAACCAAACUAGCCAAUAUCACAACCCCAAAUGAGCUGAGGAGAGAUGAGGAAAAACUGUAUAAUUUGAUGACCAUUGCGGAGCUGCAAGAGAAAGCACCAUUUAUAGAUUGGAGAAAGUUCUUCGAAAAUGCGAUGAGGCUGGUGAAUAAAAAAAUAACCAGCAAGGAACCAGUCGUGGUUUAUGCUCCAGAAUAUCUCAAGAAUCUGACAGUUCUGAUCAAGAAAUACAAUCAAACCGAUGAAGGAAAAAUUAUAUUGAACAACUAUAUGGUAUGGCAAACAGUGAGAGUCUUCACCGUAUGUCUCUCCAAGGCCUUCAGGGAUGCUUAUAAGGGACUAAGAACAGCCCUUAUGGGCUCCGAUGGUGCCGAAGAGCCCCAAUGGAGGUAUUGCAUUCAAGACACCAAUUCUGUGCUAGGGUUCGCCAUUGGUGCUAUUUUUGUGAGAGAAGUGUUCCAUCAAGACUCCAAAAUACAAGCUGAAGAGAUGAUCAACAACGUCAGGAAUGCUUUCAAGAAGAAUUUCAAGAAUCUGAAGUGGAUGGACGAAGAUACUAGAAAAGUAGCAAUUGCUAAGGCUGAUGCUAUUUCUGAUAUGAUAGGUUAUCCGGAGUUCGUUAAAGACGUCAAUCAACUGGACGAGAGAUUCGAAAAUUUGUCUGUGAGAAGUGACACGUAUUUCCAGAACAACAUCCAAAUACUCUUCUAUAAUCUCAGGAAAAAUUUGGAGAAAAUCAACGAGCCAGUCAACAAGACAACAUGGAGCAUGCCUCCAUCGACGGUCAACGCCUACUACACGCCUACAAAGAACCAGAUGGUGUUCCCGGCAGGUAUAUUGCAGAGCCCAUUCUAUGAACCGUCAUUUCCCGAGAGCCUCAACUAUGGCGGCAUGGGCGUGGUUAUGGGGCACGAGCUGACCCAUGGGUUCGACGAUCAGGGUAGGCAGUUCGAUAAGUUCGGCAACCUCAACCAUUGGUGGAAGAACAAGACCAUUGAGAAGUUUAAGCAAAGGACCAAGUGUGUGGUUGAUCAAUAUAAUAAAUAUCAAAUAAACGGUAAAAACAUCAACGGUAACCAAACUCUUGGAGAAAAUAUCGCCGAUAAUGGAGGUCUUAAAGCAGCUUACCAUGCUUAUUUGGACUUGAUGAAAGAUAAAGCAGAGCCUCAAACCCUACCAGGGAUCCCAUUGAACCACAGGCAACUAUUUUUUGUUGCAUUUGCGCAGGUUUGGUGUUCAACUGUUACAAAAGAGGCUACUAACCUCCAAAUAGAGAAGGAUUCUCAUUCUCCCGCACAAUAUAGAGUAAUUGGAGCUUUGACAAAUCUCAAGGAGUUCAGUCAAGAAUUUGGUUGCCCAAUCGGUUCUAGAAUGAACCCUAGAAAUAAAUGCGAAGUUUGGUGAAGCGAUUUCGAGAAUUUUUAAUUAGAAAAAUCUACUAAUGUGGGUCCAGAGGUUAGCAUCAUACACAUAAGGCUUCCUUUCAUAUAGAAAAAUAGUAUUCUGCCAGUUACAUUUCGGAAGUUCCGAUAGUGGGAGUUGGUGAUACGAUUUAGAUCGAACAAAAAAUGGCCCAAGGAAAUGAUUUUUCAGCUCAGCUAUAGUUUCAUAACCCCAUUGCUCUUGAAAGAGUAUUUAUUUCAAGAUAUCCGUAGAAGGUGUUUGUUUUAGCUUGCGCCUUGAUUGGAAAAACUUUGUUACCUAGAACAAUUGAACAUCAAGAAUACAGUGAUUGCAGUGUCAUUCAUAAAGGCGGCAUUUAAUAAUUUAUUUCGAAAAAUGCGUUGAGUUUUGCUUUGAAAUAUAUAUGAAAAAUGGACUACUUGAACUUGUAAUGAUUCUAUUUUUUUAUAUUUUUUCAAUUUCUGGGAAAUGUCUUCAAUAUGAGAAAAAAAUUAACACCGACAAAACUAUAGUAACUUAUCAUGCUACUAACUUUCAAUCACUAAUUAUCAUUGACUAUCCCACUCUUGAUCUCGAGAACCAAUCAGAAUCGACCAUUUUCAUGGUUUCUUCUGUAUUCUAGCGAUAUUUUUUGUUUAUUAAAUUUUAUCGGACUUGCUCUACCAAUACAGAAGCCGAAUUGACUCACACGUGACCAACAAACCUCGUUUAUCAGCGAUAACAUUUUGACAUCGUUUCUGGUCAAGAUUGCUUUGGAUGUUUGGAUUCAAAUCUGAGACAAUAACCUAAGCUCUUACUUUAUUUUAUUUACUUAUAAUUCGCGUUAGUGAGACAUUUUGUGCGAAAGGCGAGACAAUUUUUUUUUCUGGCUGGACGUUUCAUGUGUAAUUUAAGAAGUUUGCAUAUUUGUUGACGGUCUGACACAACAAUACUAGAAUUCAAAUUCCUUUCAAAACUAAUCUUCUUCAAUCACUCAAGUUAUUGUGACUGAUAUAAAUACCAGAUGAUGAAGCGCAAUUGAUAGGGUUGUUGCGAGAAGAUGCGAAGGUCGAUGGUUCGAGCCCCUCGGCGACGACAUCUUUUUUUAAAAUUAUUUCAUGUCACAUAAAUUCAAUUCAUUUUGUUUGAAUUGGAUAGCAAUUGUAUACGCUCUUUUGAGAGCAACCAUCUCC